AUGACGAGCUCUGCUCUGCGUCGUCUCCAGAGUGACACCCAGGACUUUUGGGCUCCAUUGCAUUCGAUUCGUCGUGUUGAUGCAUCGUCUUUAACGCCUCUACAAUUUUAUCGAGACUUUAUAAGUCGCAAUGUACCUGUCGUGUUGUUGAACGUGAUGACGUCAUCAUCGUGGCGACAUGCCGUUGUCAAUUGGCAGAAUGACGAACACCUCGUCACCAAAGCGGGGGACCGUCCGGUGACUGUAGACGUGACACCCUUUGGUGUCGGUGACGCGGUACUCGAGUUCCCGGACCAUCACCAAGAGAUAUUCGUGAUGCCUGAAGAGAGAGACAUGAAAUUAUCAGAAUUUAUGAAACUGCUGAAAAACCGUGACAACUUCGAUGGGGUUCCCUAUCUUUCACAUCAAAAUGAUAGUUUACGAAACCAACUUCCAGGUUUAUUCAAUGAAGUGCCAUCAGCUAUAAAAUUAGCAGUAGAAGCUUUUGGGAAUGAACCGGAAGCUGUAAAUAUCUGGAUUGGGGACGAGAGAGCAAUGUCGACAAUGCACAAAGAUCAUUAUGAGAACAUGUACUGUGUGGCCAAAGGUCAAAAGCACUUUACCCUGUUGCCACCAUCGGCCGUGGGAUGUCUGUAUGAACGGGAGUUUUCGUCAGCAAGAUAUCGUCACGCGGACUCACCUGUUCCCGAUGAAAAAGAAAAACUAGUGAGAGAUGUUGUUGCUACUGAACGUUUUCAUGUAAAAUAUCCUCAACAUAAGAAGUGGACAAUUUGGUCGUCGCUUGAUAAGGGGAAUACUCCGUGGAUUCCAGUGGAUCCGUUAAACAUUGAUACGGAGAGGUAUCCAUUGGCUGAAGCGCUAAAGCCCAUCGAUGUGGUGAUAAAUUCUGGAGAAGUACUGUACUUGCCGUCGUUAUGGUAUCACCGUGCUACGCAAUUGUGUCCUACCAUAUCGGUCAAUUACUGGCACGACAUGGAGUUCGACUGUCGUUAUGUGUACUUUAACUUUGUGCAUGAUAUCGGAGCCGUGAUCAUGAAGUUGGAGGAUCAUGAACAAGAGGCAGAAGAAAAAAGAAAAGUCUAUAGUUUUUCACGGUAG